AGGCGAUGGGCCAGGUGGGCUUUAACUGAGGGUGGCUGCCGGGGGCAGAUGCGGAGGGGACCCUGGCCUGACUUCAUGUACAGUUUCUCCUCCCAAACCUCUGCAGACCCCAAACCUACCGGGGGGCAGCGCGAGAUGGGUCCCCCCCACGUCCCUCUGCAUCUGGACAUCAGUUCCCUCAGUCCCACCUCUGGUUAGAGGAGGGACCCCUGGCCUCAGUCUCCCCAAAUGUUGAGUGGCCGCGCGGGGCCCCUCCCGGAGGACGGAGGCGAGUGCGCGCGGCCGUGGGCGGAGCUGCUGCGCGCUGCGAGAGCGGAUCUGAACCCCGACGGAGAGCUGCCGCCGCUGCCCGCCUUCCCCGGCCCGGAAUCUGGACGCGGUCCCGAGCGUGCCGCGUCCCCCGAGGUGUUCACCGUGGGACCCCACACCUUUUCCUGGACGCCCUUCCCGCCGGCCCCGAGCGGAGGCGGGGGCUCAGGCCGUUGCUACAAGCUGCUCCUUGGGGCCGGGGGGCGCCCGGGGUCCCCUGCCCGGUCCCCGCAGCGAUGUCUGGGGCCUGAGCCCCGCGGGACCCCCGGCGCCCGGGAGCGACCGUGGGAGGCGGCGCCGACCCUGCGGACCUGCCCCAUGUGCCAGACCGACUUCGCCCCCGGGCUGGCCCAGCUGGACAUCGACAACCACCUCGCUCAGUGCCUGGAGGGGAGCGCAGAGGACGUGGUGUGGUGACUGACCUGACUCCACCUGCCAGAACCGUUUUGGAAGCUGCCUACUAAAAAACGUGUCCGUGUGGACUGCUGGCGUCGUAGGUAGUUCGUCUUGAGGCCGAAACACAGGGUCCUUUCUGGCUUUCGGGAAGCGGGGUGCUUUCCUGUAGUCGGAAAUGGGCAGAACCCCUCGGCGGGCGGACCCAGGCCCGCGCAGAUGAGCGGAGACUCUCGCGAGCAAACUAGGCAUCUGUCCCAAAGUCGGCCAUGUCUACAGACAGGUGGACGGGUGGGGGGCAGUGCAUUCUCCCGCCUACGCGGACUCCGCUCGCACCGUGUUUUAAUUCCCCGGAUGAACUUGUUCCUUGCACGGCGCAGACUGCUACAGGGUGAAGAGAAUCACUGUGAGGCACCCCGGACCUCGCCGACGGGCAGCGUCUCCUCCAGUGGGGAACUUCAGGGCAGGGAACGGGCCAGGCGCCACCGGCAGUGGGCAGGCCGGUCUGCCGGAACAUUCUGCACCAGCCCUGUGUUGUUCGGGCUUCCAGGGCAAGUG